GUACACUAUCCAUGCCAGGAGUACUAUCUCACUAAGGGACGAAGGUCGCUACAUUCUCGCCAGACAACGUCACUGCAUUGGCUUGCGGGUGUAUUCGGACGGCACUCUAUGUCUCACUCAAUCCCAUCGGUCCUUUGAGAAUUGCAUAGUGUCGGCGCAAGAGUUGUGUGGAAUGCCUUUCGAAGCAAUCUUCAUGAUUUCAAAGCAUGAGCGCCAGACCGAUCAAUCUGACGGCCCACAUCUCUCAGCAGGCACGGCCGCCUGCUCGGGUGCAUUUGACUUCGCUGGAGGCACCACCGACAAUCAUCGCGUGCCUAUGCUCUUCCCAGAACUGCUUCGACUCCUUCCAGCCUACUACUUCUGCCCAAAUUAUUUAUCCACCUUAGCAGCGUGUUCCAGAGAUGUAAAGACAGAAGUUCUGAAUCGAAACCAUUGGAUCGGCUGUCAUCUGGAUUUGGAAACACCAGAAUUUCUUCGUGAUCAGGAAACCUUGAUGGCCAUGUCCAAGUGGUGGAGAAAUGCUCGAACCGUCAACCUGUCGCAAAAUCAGCUCGCAUGGCUGGAUGAAAUUCCACAGAACUGUAUGCUGCGGUGGAAGGUGUUCGAUCUGCCCGUUCAUGAUGAAUGUUUUUCUGGCUACAGGGCGACUCAUUCUCUACUGGGCUGCGCACGAUUCCGCAUCAGUGUUCCGGAUAACGUCCGUGCACUUCGGUUCGGCAUUGAGAAUCCGCGUGGACCAGAAGCGGUGUACAUGAGCAUCCAUGAGCUGUUCACAGAGCGAAUGUGUUUUAGUCUCGGCCUAGUGCCUCUACAGAGAGCCAGGGGUUCUCGGCGCGUGCCUCUGGCGAGAGAAGUUCUUCGAUGUCGGGCACCCAAUGACGUGAUGCUUAUGUGGGACCGACGCUACUUUGCGGUCAACCUCAACGGUUUUAACUUCGGACCGGUGCGACUGGAAUUGGAUGCUCUGCAUGGUCCGCCUUCGCAAGCAGUUCCCGUUGUCUGGGCGAGGCGAGCUCAACGUAACAGAGACGUCACCAUAACGCCUCUGUUGAGCCCUGUGAUGCCUGCAGCAGAAUGUUGCUGUCGCAUAUGCCAGCUAUCACAUGUGCUGGAACAUCACAGUUGCGCCGUAUGCCCGGUUUGUUCUGCCUGGGUAUGCAGAGAUCACGUGGAACUAGAGCCCCAAGCACAACGUCCUGGCUGUCCUUCUUCACUGGCUGAUUUCCUGGGUGCAUCUGUGAACUACACCCAUCCAUGCGAUGAGGAACACAUCAGACUGGCAGUUGCUGUACCAACAGAGCCCGGUCCACGUGAUGGUUUUCAUACACACAAUUGCGAUGCACUUCUGGUAGGAAUGUACCGCAGGUUGACCGACAAUAUCUUGAACAACAUCCUGCAGAUGUACAACUGUGCAUUGCAGGGACCUCCAGUUUCUGAACCCACAUCCCGAGCUUGUCUGGGACAUCGGAGCAUCCGGGGCACCAUCGUAGCGUUCUGCACAACUGAGCUUCCAGAUGAUAUCUUUUGGGCCGAAAGCAUAGCACACUCCUUGAACAACUGCUGCACUUUUACCUCGAAUAGCAUCAUCUGGCAUCCACGACCUCUCCGGCCCAUUCAUGUGUGCUUCGUGGAGGAAGAGACGGAUGAGUUAAUCGAUCAUGAUCGUCCUGACGGAUAUGUGAUUGAUGACGCCGAUGAGGACAUGGACGUAGCUGACUUGACUGGAGAAGGCUCGACGUUGCUCGGCGGCUGGCCUGCAGCAUUGGAGAACGUGGCGGGGAGUGUGCUGCGGGAAGCACCUCGGCAUCCUGUCUUCGAUGUGCCGGAAAAUACUGGGACAGAGAGUGUCGAGCAUCUGCGUCCGUGUCUGGACUUGGCCAACAUCAACAAGUGCGACCGCGAUGCUCUUCUUCGUUUCGAAGCAGAAGGUCAUCGCUAUUUCUACAAAGAUGUUUCAGUCAGUUGCAGCGUUACGACGCUGAUACAUCAAUACGCUGAGGAGUUCGACCCGGCCGUGGCCUUGCAGAAAAUGAAGAAUGGCAGACGAUGGCCUCGUCCGGAAUAUAUGGAUCCUGAAGCCAAUCUCGUUGCCAUAUCCAAGAUGUUAGCUGGUUUGGACUUUCGGCUUCAAGCAGACAUCGUUGCUUUGCUGACGGAGGUGAACCCAGAUCGCAGCAAGAUCUGCGAACUAGUUGCCGAGUCCAAGAGCGAUAUGGAGGAAUGGGAAGAGUUUACUGCACAAUUGAUGCUUCACGACAACGAGAUCCUGGACUUGUGGGACAGGAGAAGGAACGAAGCUGCCAAUUCAGGUACCUGGAUGCACGCCAUGCUGGAGCGUUUGUUGAAUGGUUACAUGAUCCGAGCGAACCGCAUGCAGGGAGUCUCAAAUGGAGUCCGUAGAAGUGUACCGCACCGAGUGGUGUAUUUAUGCAGUGGACGAGGACGUGGCGGGCUCUAUCGACCUCGUUCUCAAAGAAUCGAAAAGGAUGAGGACAUCUAUUACCUCGUGGACUGGAAACGAAGCGAAAAGCUUCGGGACAACUACAACAGCUUUGGCAGAGCUAUGAAGCCACCCCUCCACGAGGUUCCGGACUGCCAAGGAUAUCACUAUCGACUGCAGCUUAAUAUAUACAAAUGGAUUCUGGAAAAAUAUUACGGAAUCAAGGUGCGCGACAUGAAGGUCAUCUGCAUCCACCCCCGCUAUCUGCCAGAUGGAUUUGUGGACGAUGUGCUAGAUAUGCAAGCUGAGGUGUCCCAGCUCAUGCAGAGUCGCCGGGACUCCUUGCUGGCUCAUAACAUGCAGCACGACAUGGAACUGAAUUCAGUGGAUGUGGGACCGGGAGAUGCCACAGACUCUGCGCCAGCCGUUCGGCCAAGUCAAGAAGCUCGACAGAACAUGGAGCAGCAGCCAUCUUUGUCACUGCCUGGAGCCUCGCAGGCUGCACGCUUGGACACUCAGGACGAUUUGGAGAAAGACUUAGAGAACCUUAUGAUGGAGAAUCUCUCAGACGACGAGCCUCAUGCCUCCAAGAAGCGUCGACUCUUGCCCGGUGCCGCCGAGCACUCGGUGAACUGCAAAAAAAUGUUCGCCAGGUGCCAUGAAAUUUUAGCCGACGCCCUGGACUCGUAUUCAGCAGAUGUGUGUGUCAGGCGACACACGAUCCUGGGAAACACCAGAGCCAUGCUGUCGGAGCUUCGUCGCGAGUUCCCGAACUUAUCCGCGCAAGUCUGUCGAUUGAUCCUCGUAGCAGCACAUCUGGCCGAGGGCAAAGUGUCGGACAAGCCAAUGCUGCCAGACUCAGCUGCUCUUACAUGGAUGGUGGAGGGAGAUCGGCACCUGAGGGUUCACAAAGGCUUUCUUUACGUCUACGAUGAUGAUGGAUGUUUUCUUCCCUUCAGCGGAAUUCCACCGGAGUCAGUGCUGCAGCGAGUUUACAGUUUCUUCGCAUGCUUGGAGGGUCUGUUCCGACGCAUGAGGCCAGAGAUCUCUCGAAAAGGUGACUCAGUGGCCAGGGCCAUAACAGCAGAUCUACAAUCCUUCGAGAAUGAAGAUGAAUUCCUACAGGCAUGCAGAGAUGCUACAAACCUCCGACAAAAAACAGCGGCUUAUCCUCCCAGGCUGGACGCCGACGAAACUCUGGAGCAGCACCAGGACGACAAGGCCGCACCGCAGCACGAUUCAGCAGAUGAGCUUUGGGCCAUGGAGAUGGCAGAAAAAGCGUGGAAGUUGUCUUGCAACAUAAGACAGGAACUCAUGCAUACUCGGAUGAUUUCUCUUCUGGUUGAAUGGUGCGAAACAGAAGAUCAGAGAUCCACCGCCAUCUGUUAUGAUGACGUUUGUUUCAUGUACGAUCGGCCCGGUUCUCCACAUCCCAUAGAUGCAGUGAAGAAAGGUCCACACAACAACUGUUAUGUGAGAGUUCCUCAUCCUUUACUGGACCCAGUCAUGGAAGCCAACCAGGAGCGUUUGCAACUCUUCUACGAGCAGACCUUCUGGUGUAAUUUGGACGUAUUCAGGUGUUUCCAAGCAGCUGCAGCCAUUGCCAAGCGUGGGUACAAUGUCGACAGAUGCUUUAUAGGCAUAUCGCCUGGAGGAGUGGGACAAAGCCUGUACUCGCUGCAUCUAUCCGAAAUGUACAAACAGAACCAUGCAUUUUUUGAUCCGAACAUAUGGCACCUGGACGAGGAGCUGCGGAAGCAGGUUGAGUCUUUCGCGCGAUGUUUCAUAUUAACAGGACAAGAAGCCCCCGAAACAAGCAAAAAGAUGCAUAUAGAUCUCUACAAAAAAACUAUUUCGGGAGAUGGCAUCAUGGGGCGCAAACCGUACGGAUACAGUACCAGCAUGUUCCGGAUGAUCGGAUGGACAAGGCUGGAAAUGAAUCGAAUUAUGCAAUUCAUAGGAGUUCGGGCCAGCAGCUUCCACUCCAUGUUCAGGCGGUCGUUCGUGUGGAAGUCUAAGGCCAGAUUUGUUCAGAAGAAGUUCUUGUCCAAAUACCCGGACCACAAAAAGGACGGCAUCUUCGAGGCAGAUCCAAGCCUGAGCAAAUUCCUGAGUACGUCUCAAGCAUCUAUUGCAGGCCUCAGACUACAAUGGGCUUUCGAACGAGAUCAUACGAAAGAUGACUGUUGUCAGCUGAUAGAAGACUAUUGUAACGGCGGCGAUGGUUUUCUGACAGAAGACACGAUGAGGAAUGCAUGUGGCCUACCAGUUCGACAACGGCAGAUACAGGAGGAAGACGGCCUGGCCAAUGUUCUGGAAGCGGAUGCUCAAAGUGAGGAAGAAAGAGAAGAAAACGAUGUGGAAUGGGAAAACCUUCGCAGCUUCUUGGUGGAGCACAUGCUUGCCAGCGACCUGUCUCACGUGACAUUCUAUGAGUUCAAGAAGGUUACCUUCAAACCAGACAAGCACCCCAACUUGUCGAAGGCUGAUAUGUGGGACCAGAUGAUGCAGCACGAUGUCGUCCGACCAGCUAUCAUGAAAGGCAAGACCAGCAAGGAAAAGCCUGGUGCUUUUAUUCCCCUGUUCAAAUUCAAGAAGCAAUUUGCGGACAUAUGUCAUCAAGACGAUCACAAGACUAGAAUGAACUUCGAGGAGGAGCAUGAUCUGGGACUGCUCAAGAAAUAUGCAUUUCAGAGCCAGGGACGACUGAUGAACGCGGAGAACCUGAAGAUCUACUAUCAGUCCAUGAUGCCUGCAGCCCGCAAGGGACGAAGAACCUUGGAGCAGGACGAGGUCGUGACCAAAUAUCAAAAAAUCAUUCAAAAGUUGGAGGAUCAUGAGGACAGCAUCCUGGCUGUACUUCUGCCCAAAAAGAGACGCAUGACAGGAAAGACAUCACAGGAAGAGCAGGGAUUCCUACAUCAAGACGACCAGACGGAGUGGCAGUCCAGCAAGUCCAGCAAAAGUGUGCAGUAUCGCUACAGUGACAAGCAGUCCUACAGCAUCGCCGCUCGACGUUAUGCUGAGAAGGGUGGCGCGCAGUCAAUAUCGAGACGACUGCAGGUUCAUGUUGUAGACGGACACACCACGGACCUCGACAUCUCCAACUGCUGCCUUACGCUCGUGCAGCAGAUACUCCAGAAACUGGAGCCGCAGCCGGCUCUGCCUGAAGAGUUGGCGGCUCUCCUGGACGACAUCGUACAGAGAAGAACAGACUUCUUGUCUGAACUAGAUCUCCACCUCGUAGAGGGCAAGAAGCUCAUCAACACUGUUUUCAAUGGUGGCAGUCCUCCAGACGAACUCAAGGGUCACAGUCGUAUCAAGAAAUUGCAGAAGCUGUCUCUGUACGUCCGCUGGGUGGCUUGCAAUAUCCUGUACGGUGAUUACAUGAGCCUGCAGGACAGCAAACAGAAGGAAUUUCCUUCUGCAACAAUCAUGUCUCUCAUGUGGCAUUCGGUAGAAGAUGCAAUACUGCAUGCGUGGACAGAACACGUGCUGGCAGGGCCAACGAAGCCAAGGCAUUUAUCUCUUCAUUUCGAUGGCAUUCGCGUGUCGUCGGACUUCAUCUCCGACAUGGAGGAUUACAUCAAGGGAUGUCAGGAGGCGAUCACCAAAGCUACAUCAUUCAAUGUGACGAUCGUCGCCAAGACACACCACUGCUUCAGCCAGUUGUUACAGAAGCGGGGAACUAAAGCUAACAACUUGUCCAACGUCCCGACGGAGCUGCUCCAGCCGGGGAAUUGCGUGCCGUGCGGUCUCUGGCGCAUCGUUCCACUAUCUCGACAAUCGAUUGUGGCAGCUAUCGGGAACAAGGACCUGCCGGAGAACGCCAAUGUCGGCACGACAAAGUACAGGUCCUAUCGCUCCAUGGCUCAGAUGUGUGAUGUGGAUCUCGUCGCCUGUGUGGGAUUGCCUCAGCCGCAUGUCAAAUCCUACAUGCUGCACUAUGAAGGCACCGGUUCACCGCAUUGCGUUGCCGUUCGGCUCGAUGCAUCGACCAAAACAGCCACUGUCUUGGACGGUCGCAGUGUUUACAAACUGUCUAUUCGUCUGCUGGCUGAAAUCUGCGCAGCGGCAGUGGACACAUCUACGGUCGUCUGCUAUUGGAAGCGCGACCCGCAGGACAAGUUAGAUGGCAAGUUUGCUGCACUGCUGGACAUGGUGGCCGGUGCUGCAUCUGAGGAGUCGGAAUCACUUGAAGACGACGGCCCGUCUGGAAUGCCCAGCAAAUUUUCCUUUGACGAAGACGAUAAUGCCUUUGUAUCCGAUGGAAUCCUGGCCAUGCUCCGCCAGGAAACCAAAGAAGUUUUAGAGGAUCCCCGCAAGAUGUCCAGUAGAGUUGAUGGUCGACGACUGUGUCCGUUGUGUCCUUUCAGAUCGUUUGCACAGCUACGCCAACUACGCACGCACUUGGAGAAGCAUCAUGUGGAAUCCAACCAGUAUGUUUGCUCUGGUACUAAACAGAUCAAAGUCAUUUUGGCGUUGUACGACCACGCGGCUUCGUCACAGUUGGCAGCAUGUGAGCUUUUGCAGAGGAGUGCUGCGCUGAUGCGGAGUACUGUAACUCCACCGCUGAACCACCGCAUCAAUCAUGUCGACAAGCAUAUACGAUUGGUUCUCGAUGCAGCUGGCCAUCGUUAUGUCAACCUGUUGACUUUGAGAAACGAUAUGGAGCUAAGACGUGUCAGGAACAUCUACUAUACACAUUCCUAUGCAGAUUUGCUUCUUCGAGAAGCAGUGCUGAAUCAUGCACAGGCGGGCGGUCUCGACCGUUUUGUGAGCCUAGGCGACGUAAGCAAGCGUGCAUCCUAA